AUGAAUGGAACAGAAGGUCCCAAUUUUUACGUCCCCAUGUCUAACAAGACUGGGGUAGUACGAAGCCCCUUCGAAUACCCUCAGUAUUACCUGGCAGAGCCAUGGAAGUAUUCAGUAUUGGCCGCCUACAUGUUCAUGCUUAUCCUCGUCGGUCUCCCAAUCAACUUCAUGACCCUGUAUGUCACCAUCCAGCACAAGAAGCUCCGAACACCCUUAAACUACAUCCUGCUAAAUUUGGCGUUUGCCAACCACUUCAUGAUCCUGUGUGGAUUCACCGUCACGCUGUACACCUCCCUCCAUGGAUACUUUGUAUUCGGACAGAAUGGUUGCUACUUUGAAGGCUUCUUCGCUACCCUUGGUGGUGAAAUGGGCCUUUGGUCCUUGGUGGUGUUGGCCAUUGAGCGAUACCUUGUGGUCUGCAAGCCCAUGAGCAAUUUCCGAUUUGGUGAGAACCAUGCCAUGAUGGGUGUAGCAUUCACCUGGAUCAUGGCCCUGUCUUGCUGUGCUCCUCCUCUCUUCGGCUGGUCCAGAUACAUCCCUGAGGGAAUGCAAUGUUCAUGUGGAGUUGACUACUACACUCUGAAGCCUGAGGUCAACAAUGAGUCCUUUGUCAUCUACAUGUUCAUUGUCCACUUCACUAUUCCUCUGAUUAUCAUUUCCUUCUGCUACGGACGUCUGGUGUGCACUGUGAAAGAGGCUGCAGCCCAGCAGCAGGAAUCAGCCACCACCCAGAAGGCCGAGAAAGAAGUCACCCGCAUGGUUGUCAUUAUGGUCGUUUUCUUCCUGAUUUGCUGGGUCCCCUAUGCCUAUGUUGCAUUCUACAUCUUCACCCACCAAGGCUCAGAAUUUGGCCCGAUUUUCAUGACCGUGCCAGCUUUCUUUGCCAAGAGCUCUGCCAUCUACAACCCUGUCAUCUACAUUAUGCUGAAUAAACAGUUCCGUAACUGCAUGAUCACCACCCUGUGCUGUGGGAAAAAUCCCUUUGGAGAUGAAGAUGCCUCCUCUGCUGCCACUUCUAAGACAGAAUCCACCUCUGUCUCUACCAGCCAGGUGUCACCUGCAUAA